AUGAGUUACAAGCAAAGUAUCGCAAUUCAAAACGAACUCAGAAAUAAAUCACCAAAGCAGCUAGAGGCCAAUAGCAAUAAAAGCGGAGCCAAAACCAAAUCAAAAAGAGAGAAUGAUUUCACCAUAAAAUAUAAGACCGAGCUAUGCAGGAACUGAAUUUCAGGGUUCUGUGAAUUUGGUGAUAAAUGUGCAUUUGCUCAUGGGGAUGAACAGCUGAGACUAAAAGAAGCUGCCCCUGAACCAGUAAAGAUAAAGAAAUGUGUAAAUUACUUUGAGGUAGGAUAUUGCCUUUUAAAUUCUAAAUGCCCUUUCAGGCACGAAAAAAACUCCCAAGACACUGCACCUAAUUCUCCUACGGGUAGUGUAGAGUCCAGCAGGAGGACGAGUGAAGAUUUUUCACCGGAUCGAACACAAAUAUUUAUAGAUUUGGAAUCAAGAAAUACUUAUUUCUAA